UAACGUACAAUACAAGAAGCAGAACAAAGUUCAAAUUCAUUCUCAAGAAUCAUACAUAAAUGGGUCUCGGGACUUUGCCAUUGACCCCUCCUUAUUAUACAAGUUUCUCUUCAAAGUCAUCAGGACUUGUACAUAAAAAUACUAAUAAUUGUAAUAGAAGCAAAAAAUUCAUAGUUUCAGCCAAACAAGAGAAGAAGGAAGAAGAUAAGGAUAAACAAUCUUUCUUUACUAGUGUAACUGAUGCUCUUGAUUUUGCUCAACCAAGAUCUGCACAAGAUGCUCAGCUUAUACAAGAGGCUAGAGAAGCCACAAAAUCUGGAGAACAAAUGAGCAGGGAGCAGUAUGGAGCUCUUAGAAGGAAAAUUGGUGGGACUUACAAGGAUUUUUUCAAAUCUUAUGUUGAAGUGGAUGGAGAAUAUGUUGAAGAGGGUUGGGUAGACAAAACAUGCAAGGUGUGCAAAAAGGACACCAAGGGUGAAGCAAGACAAGUGGACAAGCUUGGAAGAUACGUUCAUGUAGCAUGUGCAGAGAAGGCCAAAUCUGGAAACUUCUUUACCAGACUCUUCUCUUUAUGAACAUGACAUGAUAUUGUAGUGGAGAAGAGACGUUUUCUCAUUAAUACAAGAAUGAAAAUUUAAAGUAUAUAGUAGUUUCCUCUUUGGCCAAAUGAACUGUUGCGUUCUUAACCAUAUAAAUUUUUAUUUUCCUUUAUCAUUAUAUCUUGUCUGGUAGACUUUUUAGGGUAUGUUGUUUUGAACCCAUUGGUGAUUUUAAUUUUAUAGUUGUGUCUCAAACAAA